UUUUUAAUUCCAUGAGUAUUACGAAAAAUUUCCGAAAGUUCUUCAUAAGUAUUAUAACUUCCAUCAUUCCCGUUAUUAUUUGCAGUAUUAUCAUCUUCCAUUUCGUCGUCCAAUUCAAUCAGUUUACCUUUCCCUUUAUUUUGGGCAUCUUGAUUUCGAUUAAUAUACCAUGAC